AUGUCGUACAAUCCACAAUCCAAAUAUAUACAUCGUGAUCUUCACAGCGGAAAUGUAUUACUUGAUUCAAAUUUUAAAUGUCUGAUUGGAGACUUGGGAUUGUCACAACCGUCACAACCUACGAAUAAAAAAUUAGAUAAUGAAAUUUAUGGUGUUAUUCCUUACGUUGCGCCAGAAAUAUUGAGUGGUAAGCUAGUUUCUCAAGGAUCUGAUAUUUAUAGUAUGGCUGAACAAAAAAGAUUAAAAUUGAUAAGUUUAGAAAAACUUGGUCCCGAAUUUAGCGAAAAACCUCACCCAAAAGCAAUUUAUACAAGUAGGCCAUUAAGAUCCCUUAUUUCCAAGGUGUCAUCUAUUAAUACAACUUCAUCUGAAUCAUCCAAUACAGGCAUGUAA